GUGUCCUUAGCUCUUUGGACCACAGCAGCCUCAGUCCCGGUUUAGUGUUCUGACAGAAGCAGGUGUAGAGUGGUUGGAUCCUCGUGUCACUGACACCGUCUGGGAGAUGGGGCGGGCCGUGUUUCCUUGACCGGAUUUUGUGAGCCCUCGCUCCCCGCAGAGCGGAGACUAUGGCCGCUGAUCAGGCCCCGUUGGAAUUCGGGGGCCCCCUGGGCGCCGCAGCACUGGUGCUGCUGUUGCCCACCACCAUGUUCCACCUGAUCCUGGCGGCCAGCUCGGGCCCGGCGCGCCUGCUGGGCCCACCCCCAUACCUGCCGGGGCUGGAGGAGCUGUGGAGCCCGUGGGCGCUGCUGCUGUUACUCACCUGGCUCGGCCUGCAGGCGGCGCUCUACCUACUGCCAGCGCGCAAGGUGGCUGAGGGGAUGGAGUUGAAGGACAAGAAUCGCCUGCGCUACCCCAUUAAUGGCUUCCAGGCCCUGGUGCUGACAGCCCUGUUGGUGGGGCUAGGCGUGUCAGCAGGACUGCCCCUAGGGGCACUCUCGAAAAUGCUCCUGCCUUUGGCCUUUGCGACUACCCUCACCUGCUUCAUCUUCAGUCUUCUUCUUUAUGUGAGGUCCCUGCUAGCUCCUGCCUCAGCCCUGGCACCUGGGGGAAACUCAGGCAACCCCAUUUAUGACUUCUUCCUGGGACGGGAGCUCAACCCUCGCAUUGGUUCCUUUGACUUCAAAUAUUUCUGCGAGCUGAGGCCUGGCCUCAUCGGCUGGGUCCUUAUAAACCUGGCCCUGCUGAUGCAGGAGGCGGAACUUCGAGGGACUCCUUCACUGGCCAUGUGGCUGGUGAAUGGUUUCCAGUUGCUGUAUGUGGGUGAUGCUCUCUGGUAUGAGGAGGCUGUCCUCACCACCAUGGACAUCAUACAUGAUGGGCUUGGCUUCAUGCUGGCUUUUGGGGAUCUAGCCUGGGUACCAUUCACCUACAGCCUGCAGGCCCAGUUCCUGCUAUAUCAUCCGCAGUCCCUGGAGCUGCCCAUGGCCUUGUUCAUCUGCUUCAUUAAUGCUAUUGGUUAUUACAUCUUUCGUGGGGCUAACUCCCAGAAGAACACUUUCCGAAAGAAUCCUUCUGAUCCUAGUGUGGCUGGCCUUGCGACCAUCCCUACUGCCACAGGGCGGCAACUGCUGGUAUCUGGGUGGUGGGGUAUGGUCCGUCAUCCCAACUACCUUGGAGACCUUAUCAUGGCUCUGGCCUGGUCCUUGCCCUGUGGGGUGUCCCACCUGCUACCCUACUUCUACCUCCUCUACUUCACUGCUCUGCUGGUGCACCGGGAGGCCCGGGAUGAGCAGCAGUGCCUGCAGAAGUAUGGUCGGGCCUGGAAGGAGUACUGCCAGCGUGUGCCUUACCGCAUCGUGCCCUAUGUCUACUGAGUGAGGUAGCUCCUCCAGCCAUCAGCAUGAGCCUGGACAUACCUGGACUCUAUGGACCUGCACCCAAGGCCACCCUAAGCUCCAACAGGCAGAGAUGACGGUUUAGAAUAAAACAUAGAGCGAGUGCCCCCCCAAAGGAAACACUUUGAUAAAAGUCUGGAACCUC